GCAAGAAAAAUGCUGGUAUUUACCAGUUUGUUAUGACAACCGAUGCUGGAACAAUCAAAGGAAGGAAAAUUAAAGUUGAGUUUACUUAUCUUGGGAAAUUUGACCCAAACCUUCCUACCACCCGGACAGUGAAUGUCAUCGUCGGUCAGGCAAAUUUCAUCAAAUGUCCAAAGCAUGAACUUGGAUCACACGAGUUUUAUAAAUGGGGCAGAAUGUCGAGAGAAGGAACAAAGUUUAUAAGAAUCGAACCAAACUAUAUAGUUUUGGAUGAUGGAACAUUGUUCUACUCACAUCUUACUGAUAAAGAUGUGAAAUAUUUCAAUAAAUAUAAGUGGGUAUGUGGCAUGGAGGCAGUAGUUGGUAUAGUUGUUCAUCGAUUUGGAUGGGCUACGAAUGUAAAGACAGUGUUAAACACAGUUAAGAGAAACAUGACAACGUUUGGUCCAAAAAUUGUGACUAGCCUACCUCGGAACAAACCAUUUCAAGAGCGAGACACAAUAUCUAUGAAAUGUGCAGCCACUGGAAGACCAACACCUUCGUAUUCGUGGAGGAGAAUUGAUGUUGAGGGCAAAGAACAUGCAAUUGUGAAUGGCAAAGAUGGCAUGAGAUUUGAGGACGGUGAUGCCAGACUCCUUGUCCUGGAUUUUGCAAAAAGAGAGCAUUCAGGUCGAUAUUUCUGCAUGGCUUCGAUUGGGAACAAAAAUGAUACUGUCGAGGGUUCUUUAACGUUUGAAGUUGAACCAAAAUGGGUUGGUAAGAAAAUCAAAUCUGUGGAGCCGUCAAUCUAUACCAGUCAUUCAUGGACAUGCAAUGCCACGGGGUUCCCGGCGCCGAAAUACAAAUGGUAUAAAAAUGGUGAUCAAAUCCAAAGCAGCAAGACGCAUGUAAUUGAUAAAGGGACAAUUACUUUUCCAAAUUUGACCAAAGCUGAUGCUGCCAUGUAUCAGUGUGUAGCUGAGAAUACUGUGGACAAUAUCUAUCAAACUGCAUAUUUAGAUGUUCAAGCUGAGAAACCUGUCUUCAACAUGAACACUGGCAAGACAACACUAUUCCUUGGGGCGAAAGGGACGAUUAAAUGUCAUGCUAAAGCUGCUCCUGCUGCUAAAAACACGUGGGAGAAAGAUGGAGUCAAGAUAGAUUUCUCUUUCUCGCGGUAUACACUGGUUAACAAUGAACAUCUUGUCAUAGAGUCGGUGAGAAAACAAGAUGUGGGAAAUUAUACGUGUAAAGCUGAGAAUCAUUUUGGUGUUGAUACUAAACUGAUAAAUGUUCAAGUUAUGAGUGAAAUGACCUUUAUCUCAAAACCUCAGGAUGUCAUCGCAAAAGUGGGGGGCUCGGUCAAAUUAAAAUGCGAAGCUAAAGGUAAUAGAGAUAGUCACGCUAAAGAAAAAAUGAAGUACAAGUGGAAACACAAUAACCAAGAUAUUAGCCUAAUGAUUCUAUUGUUUGGUCUGGUGACAAUCAUUCCUUGGUUUUGCGUAAUCCGCAGGUACAAAGAGAAUAGUGCUUACAACACGAGAAGUUCGUAG